AUGCCGGCUAACGGGAACCGUCCCUUGAAGUUACAGUUUGGUCUCAUCAACCACGAGGGACGCUACCUGACUGCUGAGAACUUCAGCUUUAAGGUGAAUGCAUCAGCCGCCAGUCUGAAGAAGAAGCAAAUAUGGACUCUAGAGCAGGACUCUCAGGACACACAGGUGGUCUACUUGCGGAGCCACCUGGGACGCUACUUGGCCUCCGACAAGGACGGCAAAGUUACCUGUGAAGCGGACGGGCACAACUCUGACUGUCGCUUCCUCAUCGUGGCGCAAUCGGACGGUCGCUGGGCCCUGCAGUCUGAGCAGCAUCUGCGCUUCUUUGGGGGCUCUAGGGACUACCUGUCCUGUUUCGCCCAGGUGAUAACGAAUGCAGAGCUCUGGGCGGUACACCUGGCGUUACAUCCCCAGGCCAACCUGUUGUCGGUGGCUCGCCGGCGCUACGCCCACCUUUCCUUGGAGGACGGGGAGGUUGCUGUGGAUGUAAACAUUCCCUGGGGUGUGGCGGCGCUCCUGACUCUCGUGUACCUGGACGGGAAGUAUGGCUUGAAGACCUGCGACAGCCGCUUCCUCGGUAACGAUGGGAAGCUCUUGACGCAGAGUGGGAGGGCCACGGCGUACACGCUGGAACUGAAGUGUGGGAAGCUCGCCUUCAAAGACUGCGAGGGGAAGUAUUUGUCCCCCAUGGGCCCAACUGGCACCCUGAGGUCUGGACGCUGCUCCAAGCCGAGCAAAGAUGAACUGUUUGACUUAGAGGAGAGCCAUCCACAGGUGGUUUUGAUGGCGGCCAAUGGACGAUAUGUCUCGAUAAGACAAGGAGUGAGCCUUGCAGCAAACCAGGACGAUGAGACAGACAUGGAGACGUUUCAGAUGGAGAUUGAUCAAGAAACCAGGAAGUGCACGUUCCGCACCAGCCAGGGGAACUACUGGGCUUUAGUGGCCCACGGGGGCAUACAGAGUUCUGCCACUGAAAUGUCAGCAAAUAAUAUGUUUGCAGUGGAGUGGCUUGGCCACAAGGUGGCUGUAAAAGCUAACAAUGGAAAAUACAUCUGCACUAAGAAGAACGGCCAGCUGCUCGCCGUCAGUGACUCCAUCGGUGAGGAUGAACAGCUCACUCUGAAACUGAUCAACAGACCCAUGUUGAUCCUGAGAGGAGAGAACGGCUUCAUUUGCCAUCACAAGAACUCCAACACUCUGGAUGCCAGCAGAUCAGUCUAUGACAUUUUCACCCUGCAGUUCAGCAACGGGGCCUACCACAUUAAAGGUGUGGAUGGCCGGUUCUGGUAUGUGAAUAGUUCUGGGCUGGUGUGUUCAGACGGUGAGGCCCCUGAGGACUUCUCUCUGGAGCUGCUGGAGCACCGCCGCCUCGCCAUCCGGGGCAAGAAUGGCAAAUAUCUGCGAGGGGACCAGGGAGGCACACUGAAGGGGGACGCUGUCAGCCCGGGCAGCUCGGCCCUGUGGGAAUAUUAA